AGUGCAGUGGAGACGGGGACGGUUCAGGGUGGGGAUAGAGCGGCACCCGAUGUAGAGCAGUAGAGUCGGAGCCUGGACGGGGAUAGAGAGGCUCUUGGCGGACCUGGUUGGGGCAUCAUGUCUUAUGCCUAUCUCUUCAAAUACAUCAUCAUCGGGGACACCGGUGUCGGGAAAUCCUGUCUCCUGCUGCAGUUCACCGACAAGCGCUUCCAGCCCGUCCACGACCUGACCAUCGGUGUGGAGUUUGGGGCUCGGAUGAUCAACAUUGACAGCAAACAGAUCAAGCUGCAGAUCUGGGACACGGCUGGGCAGGAGUCUUUCCGUUCUAUUACCCGCUCCUACUACCGUGGUGCAGCUGGAGCGCUGCUGGUCUAUGACAUCACCAGGCGGGAGACCUUUAACCACCUGACCUCGUGGCUGGAGGACGCUCGGCAACAUUCCAGCUCCAACAUGGUCAUCAUGCUUAUCGGCAACAAGAGUGACCUGGAGUCCCGGCGGGAUGUGCAGAAAGCAGAGGGAGAGGCCUUCGCGCGGGAACACGGGCUGGUCUUCAUGGAGACCUCGGCCAAGACGUCCACCAACGUCGAGGAGGCCUUCAUUGACACAGCCAAGGAAAUCUACAGGAAGAUCCAGCAGGGGCUCUUUGACGUCAACAACGAGGCGAAUGGCAUCAAGAUCGGGCCCCAGCAGCCAUCGGGGGCAGCUCCUGGCGCCGGCUCUCGCCACAGCCCCCAGGGCUCAGGAGACAGCUCGGGCUGCUGUUGAGCCCCGCGUUGAUGCCAGUGCCCCUGGAGUGGGGGGGUCACCCUCUGCUCCCCUGGGGCUGAGACCAGCCCGCCCCAGUCCUGGGUGGGGAAGGUGGCUCCCUGGCUGAGCCGUGGAGGUGGGAGGGGGCUCAUGACUCCUGUCCCGACCCCAUGGAGGGGAACAGGUGUCCCCUGACGCACACCUGGGGGGUGGUUAAAGACCCUGCCCAUGGUUUCACACCCCCGAACAUUCCUUCUUGUAAGUUUGGGGGGGGGGGGGCAGAGCCUGGUCUGGAGUCUCCCCCCAUCAGUGCCUUCUCGCUUCAGCUGCAUCUCUUGUUUCCCGGGCCCUGGUGAGGCCCCCGCUUCCCUGGGGCUUGUGAGACCCAACUGGGGGCCCCCCACCCUGUUUGUGUGUUCCUGGCCAGGUGCCCAGCCCCCACUCCUCAGCCUGUAUCGGCUUUUAUCGUGUACUCCCUCUCUGUGGCUCGUCUUAUUAAACAUGUGCAUGUCUGUAACCCA